AUGGAGUGCGAAGGCUACCAUCUCUCAUCGAAGCAGUUGUACGCGUUGAUGAUGCGUUGUCACUCGGACGGCGAGAUUUCGGAGUUUGUGCGGACGUAUGUGAUGUUAGCCCAGGGCGUGCCGCCCCAGACUCCGCGCUUUGAGGUGGAAAUGUAUGAAGAUUUGAUAUCGGUGCUGACGCAAUUCAGUCGCAAAAACGAAGUCCCGAAAGUGCAGGAGCUGGCUAGAUCAGUGGGGUGCACUGAUUUGAUUGCUUGA